UGUGUUCAUGUCUCAUAACGAAAAACAGUGUGUCAACGUGAAAAUCCAACCAUGGAGAUGAUAAGCAUAACCGAGGAAUGGCAAUCAAAAGCCAUGGAUUUUGAAGUCAUUUCCCAAGCCACCAACUUCUUCUCUGACUCCAACAAGAUUGGAGAAGGUGGUUUUGACAAGGGUCGGUUACUUAACGGGUUAGAGGUUGCUGUCAAGAGGAUUAUUAGUAUGACACCUGAGGGGAUCGAAAACUUUGACAACGAGGUGAGACUCAUUGGGCUAGUUCAGCAUAUAAACAUCAUCCGACUCAUUGGUUUUUUCUCUGACGAAAACGAGAGGAUCCUAGUAUAUGAGCACCUGGAAAACCUAGGACUCAACUCGUGCAUUUUCGGUUAG